UCACACUUGACGCCAAUUAGAUCACAUCCACAGGUAAAGUGGCAGCACUAUUGUUUGGACUAGGAUACUUUUCUCGUUUUUUUUUUUUUGCAAAUCGAUUUUCUUCCAAUGGACCUUAAGGAACAUGGAUGUGGAGGCAGCUCUCGAAAAUUACUUUGACCAGACUAUUUCUGGUUCACCUGAUUACAACUUUGAGGGGGAUCUGGGCCUACAGGGUCCAGCUCAACAGACCCAAGAUUCCUCUUUCCUGACCUCUUUAGCCUCUCAAGAGAAAGAUCUCACUGAAGACUUGGACCUGAGCUUCUUACCAGAUGAACUGAGCACUCAAGAUGAGCCAUCACAGGCUGAGAAUCUCAGCAGGAAUGAGGACAGCGGCAUUUACACUGACUGUCCUCCGAGAGAGUCGACAGAAGCAGAUACUGACACCAGUAAUCCUGCACAAAACGCCUCACAGUUCAAUCUCCCGAUGACUCCCAUGACCCCUAUGACCCCCAUGACCCCAGUGGCAGAGAGUUCAGGCAUCAUCCCGCAAUUACAGAAUAUUGUGUCAACAGUGAAUCUUGCUUGCCCUCUGAAUCUCAAAUCCAUUGCACUUCAAGCUCGAAAUGCUGAAUACAACCCAAAGCGUUUUGCUGCUGUUAUAAUGAGGAUCCGUGAACCAAGAACUACUGCUCUCAUAUUCAGCUCUGGGAAAAUGGUCUGCACUGGGGCCAAGAGCAGUGAGGAGCAAUCUCGCCUUGCUGCACGGAAAUAUGCCCGGGUGGUACAGAAACUUGGUUUCCCUGCCAAAUUCCUUGACUUCAAAAUCCAAAACAUGGUUGGAAGUUGUGACGUCUGCUUUCCUAUCCGCUUAGAAGGCCUGGUCCUCACUCACCAGCAGUUCAGCAGUUAUGAGCCAGAGUUGUUUCCUGGAUUGAUAUAUCGCAUGGUGAAGCCACGUAUUGUGCUGCUGAUUUUUGUGUCUGGAAAAGUCGUGCUCACAGGUGCGAAAGAGCGGUCCGAGAUCUACGAAGCCUUCGAAAAUAUUUACCCCAUCCUGAAAGGGUUCAGGAAGCAGUAGAAAUGCUGCACUUACACUUAUAUGUGCUGCAUGGGAAUAUUUCUCUAUAACAAUGUGCCUCGUAUACAUAUACGAGCA